AUGGCACUAACGGGCUACUGCAAGAAGGUGGCCGAGGGCCACGUGCAGUGUGUGAUGAGUGAAGUGAUUGUGAGGAAGGGGUUUAGCCCCGGGCCCCCCGCCGCAGGAUCACAUUACAGGGGAAUUUCAAAUCCUGUAACAACAUCCAAGAUCACAUACUUUAAAAGGAAAUAUGUGGAAGAAGAGGAUUUUCAUCCACCGCUCAGCAGCUGUACACAUAAAACAAUCUCUGUGUUUGAGGAGCGGGCCCAUAUUCUAUACAUGUCUUUGGAAAAGCUGAAAUUCAUUGAUGACCCUGAAGUCUACCUGCGGAGAUCUGUCCUCAUCAACAACCUAAUGAAGAGAAUCCAUGGGGAAAUCAUCAUGCAGAACAACUGGUGCUUCUCCGCCUGCUCCUUUGGUGGCACAUCCCCACAAGAGUGGUUCGUGCCUCAGGACUGUCCAUACAGAAAACGCCUUCGGAUGGCGAAGGAGGAGUACGAGAAGCUCCACACGUGCUGCUUCUAUCAAGAGUGUGGCAGUCACUAUUUAAAUUUACCCUACUCUGUUAAUGCUAGUACAGAAAAUACUUCCUCCUCUUCCUCUUCUUCCUCCUCCUCCCCCGUUUCUAUGCCAAGCUGUUCCCAGCAGGUGGAUUAUGACAUUGGCAGCGCCCCUUCUUACAGGAGUGAUGACCAGAUACCUGCUAAUGAAGUGUUCAUCACUAAUGCCAGGUCUCACGGUAAUCAGGAAAAGGCAAAAUUUAAUGACGAGAAAGGAGGUAAUGAACCCGAGCAAGAGAGUGUCGCCCUAAACUGUGAACCUGUAAGAGGCACCCACGCUCUCGAAUGCAAAGGCAAAUUUUAUGACUGUUUUUACUUUGGAUGUAAUGACAAGAGCAACAUCAACAUAAGUGAAUCUUGGAAAAAAUCCUUAAGGAAAAAGGAGUCUUUACCAAGUAAUAAAAUGUGCUGCAGCAAAGGAAGUAAAAUAUGAGGCAUCUUUCUUGCUCUGUUGAAGCAUGCGCAGCAUGUUUGUUUGUCUAUCAAAUUUUUAUUUUGAAUGGAUUUUUUAUAGUUUUCUACAAAUGACACGAUCAUGCCACAAACAUUACGUGUAGUUUGAAAUGACUGGAGAGCAGAUUGUGUAAAGCGUCUCUGUGAUCUGCAUCAGCGGGCUAUUUAUAAAUACGGAGACUUCAUAAAGAACACAGUUGCGUUACUGCUUAGCACCAUAGUCUGUACAGCUCUGGUGUAGCUUUCCUUACUGAAAAUACCAAUCAGCCAGAUGGGGAAAACAUAUCGUUUUAUAUAUCCCCGCCCCCAAGAAGUCUGCCAUUAAUUAAGAAGAACCUCCAUUAUGUUUACCGAGGAAUUAGAAGUCUGGUAAACAAAUUGAUGCUACCAGCAAGGGUGAUGUGCUCCUUGUAACUCAGUGUUUGUUCUGACAAAGGACUGUCUUCGUGGACUGGGAAUAAACCAUCCUUACGUUUUAUACUGAUACUUGUGAAUUCCUGGAUUCAGCAUCUUGUUCAACUGACAAAAUAGGACAUAGCAUAAAGAAAUAACCUGUUUAUGGGAUCUUAAUCAGAAACACAACAUGCCGCUCAAGUACUUGCACGUUUUCACCUUGGCUGUAGUAACUAAUGAGGCUUGUUGUUACACAGGGCAGGUUUUUUUUGGUGCCUUACUUUUUGUCUUAAUUUUUGCCAGCGUGAAAAUUAAGUAUAAAUCAGUGAUACAGCAGGGAUUUAACCUAAACAGAGAAAAAAAAAAAAAACCAACAACCACAGGUUGGAUCAAUAUUAUUAAAAACCUUUAACCUUUGAAGUACUGAGUUCAACUUCCUAUUCAAACAUCUCUGUUCUUCCUUUUUGAUGCUCAAUUGCUUUUUGAUUUGCCAUCCUUAGGAAGGGAUUUAAGAAACAAUAGAGAGAUGUCUCUUGUAAACAAGCAUUCGAUGCUUGAGUGUUUCUAUGGCAACUGUCUGUUGCUGGGGCUCUCUUUUUUCCUUCUUCGUAUAAUGAAGUUCAUGAACCAGUGGCAUGUUUUAUACUUUAUUCUGUUUCGCAUAAUUUCUCUCUUUUAGAUUGCAAAAGCAUGCAGGAAUUUUUCUAUGACUUUUGCUGUUGAUUUAAAGAAGACAAGCAAAGAAAGCUAAAAGCACAAUGUUAAUUGAUAAUGUGGCGAUAAACACAAUUUUAUCUGAAUGAAUGUAAGGGGUUUAAUUUUUAAAAAGAACAUUUUGGAGAAAUGAGCUGAGAUUUCGGUGGCUAAUGACAACGUUUAGUCAUCUCUAGGUAGGCCGUUUGCAAAAGUGUGCUGCUUAAAAUGCCCAGAAGACAUUAGUCAGGGUUGGACUGAGAGUAUUGUGAGUCUUAGAUCCACCAAAUUAAUUAGUUCCCACAGUCAUCAUAACAACUGGCAGGGUGUGCUCGGUGAAAUAGCCACAUCCAAGCCACGGCUGACUCAUAAUAGCUGCCUGUUCCCACAGCAUCGUGCAUCCAAGUGACAUCUUCUCCACUUGGUUCUUGUCCAAAGGGUGAAAUUCACCUCUGCGCUGGGGAAACAGCCAGCUCGGUGCAGGGUACGAGGGUCCCCGGGGGUGGACACCGCCCUGGGCUGUGCCUGGCUCGGUGCUGGAGUCAGCCGGGUCUCUGGGUCAGAGACCUCCUGCUCUGGGUUUCCUGGGUUCAGCCUGAGUCCUCCUGGACCACGGUUAUUUUGGGUAGCGUCCACACCCCACAGUCCUGUUGGCAAACUGGACAGAUUUUGUGACUAAGCCCAGUGGUCACAGGACAAAACUUCACCCUCCACUCCAGCCCAAAUGACCACAAAGAGAGUAUCUAGGACAUAGAUCAAUGAUAACCUUUAUGUGGUCAGGUGAGUUGGAACUGACAAGUUUGUAAGGGUUAUCUUUGUGAAGAACGACAAAGAAAGAAAGUAUAAAUCCCACCUGAUUUCUCCAAGACAGAAACUUUUUUUAUUAAUAAUAAUAUUAAAUAUAGAUCUCAUUCAUACAGUGUAUGAGUAGGAUCAUAAUUUAGACAUUUGUCCACAAGGACCAAUUUUUUAAAAAAACUGAUUUUUCUUGUGUUAUACCCAGAUAGUCUAGUAAUGUCUGCUCUUUUCCAAUAUUUGAUAAACACUUGAUGUUUUAAGCUUAAAUAUUAGAUGCUUGUAUACUAAUGUGUUGUUGUAGUAAAGUGAAAUUUCCUUGAUAUAUAUUUAUUAAAAUGACCAAAAUUCAUUUUAA